UUUCCCCAGGAUGUCUGCGAGUCAAGAGAGCCGACCUAGAGACAAUGGCCCCGAAGGGAUGGACCCCGAUGGUGUCAUUGAGAGCAAUUGGAACGAGAUCGUUGACAGUUUCGAUGACAUGAACUUGUCGGAGUCCCUCCUGCGAGGAAUCUACGCCUAUGGUUUUGAGAAGCCCUCCGCCAUCCAGCAGCGAGCCAUUCUCCCUUGUAUCAAGGGUUACGAUGUGAUUGCUCAGGCCCAGUCUGGAACUGGGAAGACCGCCACUUUUGCAAUCUCCAUCUUACAGCAAAUUGAGCUGGACCUGAAAGCUACCCAAGCACUGGUCCUGGCCCCAACAAGAGAGUUGGCUCAGCAGAUCCAGAAGGUUGUGAUGGCCCUGGGAGACUACAUGGGUGCCUCCUGCCAUGCCUGUAUAGGCGGGACUAACGUCCGCGCCGAAGUGCAGAAACUGCAGAUGGAGGCCCCCCAUAUCAUUGUCGGGACCCCUGGACGCGUCUUCGACAUGUUGAACAGGCGAUACCUGUCACCCAAGUUUAUCAAGAUGUUUGUGCUGGAUGAGGCUGACGAGAUGUUGAGCCGAGGUUUCAAGGACCAGAUCUAUGACAUCUUCCAGAAACUGAGUGGGAACACACAGGUGGUGCUUCUCUCUGCCACCAUGCCUAUGGAUGUCCUGGAGGUGACCAAGAAAUUCAUGCGGGACCCGAUCCGUAUCCUGGUCAAGAAGGAGGAGCUCACCCUGGAGGGUAUUAGGCAGUUCUACAUAAACGUGGAGAGGGAGGAGUGGAAGCUGGACACCCUGUGCGAUCUCUACGAGACCCUCACCAUCACUCAAGCCGUCAUCUUCAUCAACACCCGGAGGAAGGUGGACUGGCUCACUGAAAAGAUGCAUGCCCGGGACUUCACAGUUUCCGCCAUGCAUGGAGACAUGGACCAGAAGGAGCGCGAUGUCAUCAUGAGGGAAUUCCGCUCUGGCUCCAGCCGUGUCCUGAUCACCACAGACUUACUGGCCCGUGGCAUUGAUGUCCAGCAGGUUUCCCUGGUCAUCAACUAUGACCUGCCAACCAACCGUGAGAACUACAUACACAGGAUCGGCCGAGGGGGCCGUUUUGGAAGGAAAGGAGUUGCGAUCAACAUGGUGACAGAAGAAGACAAGCGUACGCUUCGCGACAUCGAGACAUUCUACAACACCUCCAUCGAGGAAAUGCCUCUCAACGUGGCCGACCUCAUCUGAGCUGCCUCUGUAGGGGCUCACUGUGCCUGCGAGAACCCACCCCCCACCCCAAUUAGGCACAAUCCUCUUCCCCCCCCCAACCCUUAUAAAAAUACCUGCCCUUUUCUAAUUUUUUUGAGUUUUCUUGCCUUUUGAAUAAAUGUCACUCUCUCUGGGGGCAGAAUGACCUCUUAGUGUUUACUGGCGCCUUUUCUCGGUCUCCCCCCCCCCCCCUGCCCCUCUCUACUUGUCAACUUCAUUUGGUAGCUUGCUUCUCCAGCCGCUGCCAGCCCCUUGGGACUUGGGGAGCAAAUUCAAAAUUGAACCCUUCAACAAAAUCGUGGUGCUAUAGCAGGAAAGGAAAGGCAACCACCCUCAGAAUCAAAAGGGUGUGGGUGUUUCUGUUUUCUCCCGGACUUAAAAUCAUUGCUUCAGAGAAGGAGGGGGGGAGGAAAUCACUGAUUCAAAGCAAAUUGCCAAGAUGUUUUGUUCCCCCUCCCCUCUAUGUAUCUUCGAGAUGAGACCUUUUCCCCCCAACACUUUAAGAUAAAAUCUAAAAAAAAUUGAAAACUUUUCAUACGGCAAAAAAAUCUGUAUGUGCAACCUUAAAACCUUUUUUUUUGUAUAGCUAUUAUUUAUUCAAAAGGAAAGUUACAGUGACCAAAAUAAACGUGAUCUUGAGAAAACUCUA